AUGAAAACAUUGAAAGGUAUUGAUGCUUUGGGUUUAGCACAAAAUAAAUAUAUCAGUUUAAAAGCAUUACAAUUCAUACGACGAUUAUGCCGUUUUAAUCCAUCCGAAAGAUUAGGUGUUGGUAAAUAUGGAAUUCAAGAAAUACGUAGUCAUAA